CUACGACAAAGAGACAGUUCCCAGCCGACAGCCGAUCCGAACGGUCCAGUGUAGUUCAGUGAUCACAGUUGUGAAGCACUAGAGCAGUUUUACGAGUUUUUGAUAACGGGCAGACAGAACAAACAGAAGAAUCUCUUCAUCAUGUACAAAUCGCUAUCAGUUUCAAUGAUGAGCCUGCUUUUGGCAUUGGCCAUCAGCAACCUUGGAGUUCAAGCAGUGCAGUUCGAAAAUUGCGGUGACGAGAACACGAUCGGCAACUAUAGCUUGGUGGAAGUGUCCCGCUGUAAUUUAGAUGAACCUGCGUGUGUCCUGAAGCGAAAUACCAACGCAACCAUCUCGAUCACUUUCACUUCAGAUGAACAGCUCCCAGAACUGAAGGCAGUUGUUCACGGUAUCAUCUUGGGGAUGGAGGUCCCCUUCAACCUACCGAACCCAGACGGCUGCAAGGAUAGCGGAUUGGAAUGUCCACUGGCGGCCGACACCGAAUACAAGUACAGCACCACGUUGCCCGUUCUGAAGCAGUACCCCAAGGUGGCAGUCGAGGUGAAAUGGGAACUAAAAUCCGGCGGCAAGGAUGUCAUUUGCGUAAAGAUCCCGGCCAAGAUCCAGUAACUCCCAUCCCGGACCCAGAUGGCAAUGCUUUUCAAAUAAGGAACGCGAGCAGACGAGCAAUCAGCUGUGCUGAAUGCACAUAGCAUUGGAAAGUAGCAGUAAUACGGCUGGACGUGGAUGGUUGCGAGGCAGCCGUAGUGAAUUGAAUUAUUAGAUUAAGAAUGGUCAAUUUAUAACACACCGCAUCAUCCACGGUUCCUUUUUCGCUUCGAAUCCAAUUCCAUUAUUCAUUCAUUCAUUCUGUCGUCUUCCUUAUCAUCAUUGUUGCCAGCGUCGUCGUACGAAGGUAUCUACCGUAAAAUGGGAGAAGUUUGAUUGAUUUUUGAAACUUUCGUAGUGAAGCACAGAUGGCUAUGUUUUAUGUUCUGAAACACAGUUAGGUUACUUGAAGCGCCACUAAACCGAUCAAUAUUACCCCGUUUUACGAUACUUUUAAAAAGCAACUUAAGCGUCUGUAUCUCUCGCAGUUUCCCCACUUUUCUUCCCGUCAAUCAUUCCCAAUUGACGCAUUUAUAGUAAACUUAGUUGUGAACUGAACCAAUCAACAACAAAUAAAAAAAAAAACAGAAAUUCCCUCCAUGACCAGA